GAACAAUAUCGAUAUCAGAAAAAUCGAUGUUGAAAGUCCUACUCCCAAUUGAAUAGAAUAUUAAAUUGUGUUAUUUCCAAUUCGUAUAUUUACUGAGUAUUAAAACGGCAUGCCGGUCACCUCAAGCGGUUUGUCAAACUUAAGAGCUAAAUAAAUCACACAAGCUGCUACUUAAGUAUUUUCCUAUACACUUUUUUGUGGAUGAAAAAUAAAUUUUAACUGAAGUAUCGAUAUUGCGGGUAAAUUUUCGAUGUCUUAGAUAUAUCGACCUUGGAUAUCGAUCAAAAAAAUCCAUUAUCGUGCCAUGAAAUAUCGAUAUUCAAGAUAAUCGAUACGAUAUCGAACAUUCCUACUUGGCUCUCCGAAUAUCUGUCAAUAAAAUCAACAAAAACCGCUUUAACUGCUUUUACACAGUUCAAGUAUUGAAUUCAAUUCUGCUCGCUUGAUUAUGGAAGGGGGAGAGAAGAAAAAGGACGAGCGACCGAACGAUAUGUAUUUUUGGUUCAUGGAUUACUCCUUGGUAUCAUUUCUAUAUCCACAGGAUUGCAAAAAUCAGCUGUUUCAGCAGGGCUGCCACAUCAUGUGGUAGAAAGAGUUCAAAAUAGAGGAUGCGAUGUUUCUCGAACAAUAAAAAUAAAAAAAUUAAACUUUAUCCACAAAAUUAUAUAAAUUGGCAACAUUGUAAGAAUAAUGUAAAGAGGAACAAAAGAUGCAACGCGACUGGGGCAAAAGAGAACGCAGUUGAGCGAAAAAUAUCUAGGAGUGUUUUUUCUAUUUUUCGCUUUAAUGGCAUUUUUCGACUCCAUUCCAAUUGUUUAAUUUUUAGCAAAACAAUAGUUAACUGUAAGUUAAUAUAUAUUAAAUUAAAAUGUUGAAAAUAAAUAUUCGAGUUAUAAUACGACAUGUAAAGUAGAAGAAAAAACAUUCAUUUUCCAAUUGGUAUUUUUAAUGAGACUUGUAGUGCAACGUCAAGGAACGAAGAACAAUAGCGUAGUCGAAGUCAAAAAAAAUAAAAGAUCAAAGAACUGCAAAUUUUCAUGAACAUUCUUCGAAUACCCUUGCAUAUAAAAAUUUCUUGAUUACCUAACCUGUAGGACUAGUAGGUAUUUUACACGAAAUCUUUUGAAUAUUACUAAAGUCCCAAAGUCCCAUCAACGACUGAAACACGCCCACUUCUGUGUGUGUGUGUGUGGACGUGGUGACCGCUGUGUUGGCGGUGUUUGCAAUGGAAAACGAAUCCGUAAAGUCGGAACACAGCGGACGAUCGAGACGUUCACGCAAUCACAACAACAAUAAUAGUUCUGCCACUGGUGGUGGUGGUCUGGGCAAUAGCAGCAGCGGAGGCACUGUAAAUAACGGAUAUCAUCGUGAUCGCACACGGCAUUCCCACCGUAGUGGACAUACCAAAUCCAGUGGUAAACACCAACGCGCCGAUAUGGCUCCAUUUCAGACAAGCGUCAACAUGACAGGUGAAGAAAAUCGCGAUGGACAAGAAAUAAUCGAGGUGCAAAUAUUGCCGCAAGACGAAAAUUGGGGUGAAAACACGACUGCAGUUACUGGUAACACAUCGGAACAAAGCAUCUCAAUGGAAGACAUAAAUAAUGCUUGGCAUCGUGAGAAUGACACAAGUUUUGGAUUUGCUUGUCGCCGACGUUUGGAGUCUGCGUUCUCACUUUUACUUGGAUUUGUAUCAUUCUUCUCGCCAGUCGCAAUGGUGGUAAUGCCGCGCAUGGGUUUCUUUCCCUCUGCCUUCGAUCAUGCUGAACUUACCCAAACUGUUCGCACACAAUUACUAGCAUGUAGUAGUGAAUGUAAGGGACUACUUGUGUCUCUAACAGCCAGACUAAUUUUGUUGGCUAUAGGACUGUGGGCGCUCUUUAUGCGUCGAUCGGCGGCAACAAUGCCGAGAAUUUUUCUGUAUCGUGCCGUUGUGCUACUGCUUGUUACCAUUUGCACAUUUGCUUAUUGGCUCUUCUAUAUGGUGCAGGUUACUAAUGGUGCCAAAGUUGUGGUGGAAACUGGGGGUGAUGCAGUCAAUUACAAAUCACUUGUCGCCUAUGCAACAAAUUUGGUCGACACAUUGCUCUUUAUACACUAUAUCGCCGUAGUCCUACUCGAGCUACGUCAUCAGCAGCCAAUGUACUAUGUAAAAAUUAUUCGUUCUCCAGAUGGGGUAUCGCGCUCUUACAUGCUGGGGCAAUUGAGUAUACAACGCGCAGCUGUCUGGGUGCUUCAACGUUACUACGUGGAUUUUCCGAUUUUUAAUCCGUAUUUAGAACGCAUACCGAUUUCAAAGUCGCAACGAAACAAAAUUUCAACUAGUUUCAAAUACUACGAAGUUGAUGGUGUUAACAAUGCGCAACAGCAAAGUCAAAGUCGUGCUGUAUUAGCAGCAAAUGCGCGACGACGUGACUCAUCGCACAAUGAGCGCUUCUAUGAGGAACACGAAUAUGAGCGCCGAGUGAAAAAGCGACGUGCACGUCUCAUCACUGCUGCUGAGGAAGCAUUUACCCACAUCAAACGCAUACACAAUGAACCUGCACCUGCAGUGCCACUCGAUCCACAAGAAGCAGCGCAAGCGGUAUUUCCAUCUAUGGCGCGUGCUUUGCAAAAAUAUUUACGGGUUACACGACAACAACCACGACACACAUUCGAAAGCAUACUCAAACACUUGGCGCACUGCCUGAAGCAUGACCUAUCGCCGCGUGCUUUUCUGGAACCAUAUCUAACAGAAGCGCCAGUACUUCAAAGCGAAAAGGAGCGUCGUUGGGUGCAGUCAUGGUCAUUAAUUUGCGAUGAGCUUGUAUCGCGGCCUGUCUCAAACGAAUGUACGUUCCAACUGAUACAAAACGAUGUCUCACUUUUAGUCUCCAUACAUAAGCUACCACAUUUCAAUAUAGCCGAAGAGGUUGUCGACCCCAAAAGUAAUAAAUUUGUGCUGAAAUUGAAUUCAGAAACAUCUGUAUGA